AUGGAAGGCUACCGCAGAUGCAACAACUGUGGCAAGGAGGGCCACUUUGGGAAGGAUUGUCCCACCUUUGCUAGGGCAGCAGCACGCCCUCCAGUUCAGACCCCUCACCAGCACCAGCAGAGAGAUAGGGGCAACCGGCCUCAGGCGACAGGCAGGGUAUAUGCCAUGACCGGAGCAGAGGCUGCAGGCUCAGGUAAUCUUGUUAUGGGUCGAUGCAUGAUAACGGGUGAAUCUUUGUGUGUACUGUAUGAUUCUGAAGCGACACACUCCUUUGUGUCAAUUGCUUGUGUGGAGCGUUUGGGUUUGCCGGUGCGCGAGCUGCAGUGUGAACUUGCAGUAUCUACCCUGGCAUCGGGUCUGGUCAGGACGUCGUCCUUAUGUUCUAGGUGCCUAGUGGAGGUGGAGGGACAUUGUCGAGAGAAGAAGCUGCUUUUUCCCGACGCAGAGGAGCCUGAGUUGGUGUCUCCUCAAUAUCUCUGUGGUGAGAAAGAUAAGUUUUACAGUUUGGACUAG